ACUGACUUCACUUCAUCACACCAUUCCGUCUCGGCCUUCCUGGCACUCCAUCGCCGACGACUGUUCACUCGUUUUUAAACCGGUGGUAUAGGCCUGGAAGUCUCAUUGAGAAACAAAAUCGAUCAAGGCUGGCCUGAGCCCUGCGUGGCUGCGUGGCUGCGAAUCUCGGCCAUUCAUCUCGGCAUCGGCUGACCUCGCACCUGGGCCGCCAUUCUUUUGGAAGCCCUGCCCUCUCAACCCACCGGGGCUUCUCACCUCAUAGCCACUUCAUUUAUCAAUAGAGCAGCUUCAUCUCUGUACCUGCACCAUGGUCAGGUUAUGGCCACAUCCCGGGCCGCUUUUACCUUCUGGGCUCCCCAAGUUCGGGUCCCCCAGGGGGCUCGGGCUCGGGCUCGGCGGACCAGCUCUCUGGCAGUCCAGUCAGCGCCGUGCCCUUAUCACCUUGGGUAUCGAGACAUCGUGCGACGACACCUGUGUUUCGGUUAUCAAUACUGCAGCUGACGGCAGUCUUAUUGCUCUUAUGAAGAGAAGUAAGGUCACUUGCGCGAAUAAGCAUCACCGGGGCAUUCAUCCCGUGGAGGCGGUUGAGUCGCACACCCGUAACCUGGCCAAACUCGCGCAAAAUGUUUUGAAACACCACAAACCAGACCUCAUUGCUGUCACCAGGGGUCCGGGCAUGAAAUCUUGUCUGAGCGUUGGAAUCUCAUUUGCGAAGGCCUUGUCAGUUGCUUGCCGUGUGCCGCUCGUCGGCGUCCACCACAUGCAGGCACAUGCCCUGAGCAUCCAACUAGAUGCACAAGAACUAGCAAUUUCGCAUCGGGGGGGCGGUCCUGCACAGGACGUCGUUUCGCCAGAAUAUCCCUUUCUGACCCUCCUAGUUUCUGGUGGCCAUACAAUGCUGGUCCUCACAAAGUCAGCAAUCGAACACAGGGUUCUGGCGUCGACGCAGCGCGGCAUCACAAAUCCGAGUGAAAAAGGCAAGGGCUCGGCCACGGCCGUUGGAGAGAUGCUAGACAAAUGCGCGAGGGAUAUCCUUCCGCCACAAUUUCUUCCGGGAGGGAGAAAUUCUGAUAGCAUCGUGUAUGCUCACUGGAUGGAAAUCUAUUGCAAGGCUGGGGUACCAUCAUAUAGCAAAGAGAUGCUGGAUGAAUACAAACCACCGCAGGAAUACCAUGAGCAAGUCCAAGUUUAUCAUUCAAAGGAUGGCUCUUGGUCCCUCCCUCCACCCCUCCGGCAUACGAAAGAUAUGACAUACGACUUCACGGGCCUCGGCGGCAAAGCCCGGGCGAUAAUGCAACAGAAUCCCGAUAUGCAACGCAUGGAGAGGAUGGAAUUGGCCUACCAUACUAUGCGGCUCGCCUUUGAGCACCUUAUGAGCAGAGUGAUUCUGGCCUUGGAAAAUGACCCAGAGCUCUUGGCCAGCCCCCCGCAAUCACUGGUGAUAGCCGGGGGCGUCGCCAGCAACAUGUUCCUGAGGAAUGUUGCUGCGUCGGUGUUACAGGCACGAGGGUUCGGCCAUGUGGAUGUCAGGGCACCCAGGCACAUGUACUGCACGGACAAUGCUGCAAUGAUCGCCUGGGCGGGACAAAAGAUGUAUACAGCUGGCUGGACAACUGACUUGUCGUUUCUGCCCCAGGACGAGUGGCCGAUAGAGGAGAUCCUCACGGGCGUCGACUGUUGGGUGCAUAAAGACGAUGUCGAGGCUUCAGAGCCCGAGCCCGUCACACAAGACGAGGGUGACCAGAUCAAGGCCGAUGCGAAGCCUGUUCCAGGCCCAAAGCCGUCGAGGGAUGGAAAAGGCGCAGCGGACAGCGGGGGGCCAUCUCGUCCCCAGGAAGCUACGGCUUAAAGCUUACUAAACAAGGCCGUCGAUCGUCCUACUCGGCCAACGCAAACACCACGGGCACCCGCGCCCCGUCCCGGGACCGAGGCCGCGGCAGAGUCGGUGCACGGCAACCAAACCAACCCAGUAGCCGCUUUGAAAGCGGCAGAGGAGCAGAUUAUGCGACCCUUGCCUCAGGGAUCGGGGCGCAAAGUGGCGGUGCGGAGGGUGACACCACUUGACCGGCGGGAACGCGUGGCCCUGAUGCAGACCCCCCUGGGCAAGCCUGCGCGCAAGUCCAGGUUGGCUCCCGCGGGUGGGCGGGUGCCUGGGACGCAUCAGGCGCUGAAAGAAUCAGUAAAGAUUGGGGUGGUGGAGCACGAGCACAAGCAGACACCCCUAGGCAAGCCUGUACUCAAGCCCAAGAUGGCUCCCGCAGGUGGGCGGGUGCCUAGGGCGGAUCAGGCGCUGAAAGAAUCAGUAAAGAUCGGGGAGGUGGAGCACGAGCACAAGCAGACCGAGGACCAGAAGACGCCCCACAGGAAGACGGAGUACGAUGAGCCCAAGAGGCAUAUUGUGCGUCUGCUACAGCCCGCCGUUGACGAACCGGCUCCCAAGGGGUCGCUCGGGACGGGACUGGCCAAGCUGAAGAGAUGGAUAGGUCUGUGAGGGACGCGCAUCUCUGUAAGAUAUGUGUAGCGUAAUCCGCAUAACGAGGCGUUGGAACACAAUGACCGUGCCGAGAAUUGGCUGGCAAUCUAGCCGCAGCGGUGAAGCGCAGGAACAUGGCACGUUGCGUGGGGAAAACAUCUCAUCAUUU